CAAAAUCUAUAAAGAAUCCUGUGGCACAGUUACUAAAGACAGGAAAUCUUGUUAUCAGGGCAGGUGAUGACCCUGAUACAGGUAAUUUUCUUUGGCAAAGUUUUGACUUUCCUGACAAUACUCUCCUACCAGGCAUGAAGCUAGGAAAAAAGAUAGCAAAGAACUCAUCAGCUGGCCGAGAUUGGUCCUGCAGGUCAUGGAAAAGCAGUGAUGAUCCUUCUCCAGGAACCUUCCAGGUUGAGAUUGAUAUCAGUGGUUACCCCCAACUAUUUCUGUUGAAUGGUUCUACCAAAUAUUUCCGAAGUGGUCCCUGGAAUGGUGUCAGAUUUAGUGGUAUUCGUACUUCGGGUCCAAAUGGCAUAUUUGUGUUUGAUUUUGUCUUCAACGAGGAUGAGAUAUAUUAUAAAGAUGAACUUGUUAGUAGUUCAGUGCUGACAAGGGUAACUGUAGAGCCUGACGGGCGAGUAAUACGUUAUACAUGGACUGAUCAAAGUAAUAAGUGGGAGCAGUAUAUAUUUCUCCAGGCAGAUCUCUGUGAUGUUUAUGCACACUGUGGGCCAUUUGGUAGCUGUAAUAUAUAUACCACCUCUCGCUGCGAGUGUUUAAAGGGAUUUCAUCCCAAAAAUCUUACUGCUUGGAGUCAUUUAAAUUUUGCAGAGGGGUGUGAACCAAAGACAAAAUUAAACUGUAGUAGCAAGGAUACUUUUGUGAAACAACUAAAGAAGAACUUACCAGAUACACACACCUCGCAGUAUAAUUUCAGCCUGGACCUCAAGGCUUGCGAGAAGAAGUGCCUUGAAGACUGCUCUUGUACAGCAUAUGCAAAUACAAAUAUUACUGGAAAAGGUAGUGGAUGUUUGCUUUGGUUCGGUGACCUAAUUGAUAUCAGAGAUCAAGGAGAGGUUGCUCAAGAUUUUUAUGUACGAUUUGCUGCAUCUGGAUCAGGUGCAAAUAAUAGUUCCAGAGCAAGGCGAAUUGCACUAAUUGUAUUUUUAUCCAUAAUAUUAAUUACAACAGUUGUACUUGGCUUCUACAUGUGGCGUGUAUGCAAGCACAGAAAGCAAAUUACAGAAGGAGAAAUGCUUGAAAAUGAAGUGGAUUAUGAGAAGGAAGAUUUACCGUUCUUUGACUUCAGAACUAUUUCUAAUGCCACCAACAACUUCUCUAACAAUUGUAAACUCGGGGAAGGUGGCUUUGGACCUGUCUACAAGGGUACUCUGGAAGACGGGAAAGAAAUAGCAGUAAAGAAGCGCUCAGCAUGUUCAAUGCAAGGAGUAGAAGAGUUCAGAAAUGAAGUAUCUUGCAUUGCCAAGCUUCAACACCGGAAUCUGGUUCGGCUGCUUGGUUGGUCCACCACUGAGGAAGGAGAAAGGAUGUUAGUCUAUGAAUAUAUGCCCAACAAAAGCUUAGAUUACUUUAUAUUUGGAGAUAAUGCAAAUAAAGCAUUACUAGAUUGGCCUCAGCGUUACAACAUAAUAAACGGCAUUGCCAAGGGACUACUUUACCUUCACGAAGACUCCAGACUAAGAGUUAUUCAUCGAGAUCUUAAAGCUAGCAACAUCCUUCUUGACUACAAUAUGAAUCCCAAAAUCUCAGAUUUUGGUAUGGCUAGAAGUUUUGGAGAUGGUGAAACUGAAUCAAACACAGCAAGGGUGGUCGGAACAUACGGCUACAUGUCCCCUGAGUAUGCCAUGGAUGGAGCAUUUUCAAUUAAAUCCGAUGUCUAUAGCUUUGGUGUACUGGUGAUAGAGAUCAUUAGUGGGAAGAAAAACAGAUUCUUCACUCAUCCGGACCACAACCUUAAUCUUAUGGGCCAUGCAUGGAAGAGUUAUAAAGAAAACAGGCUUUCAGAACUCAUUGAUGUAUCAGUCCUGUCAAGUGACCAAGAUGAAGUGUUUCGAGUUAUUCUAAUAGGAUUACUAUGCGUUCAACAAUAUCCAGAGGACAGACCGAACAUGUCAUCAGUACUAAUGAUGUUGACAAGUAAGGCCACGCUGCCUCAUCCGAAACAGCCUGGUUUCUUCAAUGAAAGAAAACUUGACGAAGCAGAUACUUCCCAUAGCACGCUUUGUUUGUCUUCAUUGAACCAAACCAUUACAAUUGUUGCACCUCGCUAGAAUUCACAAGCAAUAUGGAAUUCUGGUUUUUUUUUUUCAAUUAGCAGACCAACUGCUUUGUUUUAAUUAGGAAAUGAUUUGCCUUGCAUAGACAGCCAAUUUUCUUUUCGCUCAUUUUGGUUCUACCAUUGAAAUAUAUCAUGCCUUGCCCUCCAAUGAGAUGAUCAUUUUCUGCAAUCAAUCGUAAGUUUACAGAAACAAAGGAUCUAAAUACCUAAUAAUUACUAGGCACCUAAAAACAUUCAAAAGAUCGUGAUCACGGAGAAUUAUAACAAUGUGGAUCAGCUGAGUUCCAGAAGCCUUAUUAGUAGCAAGUGAGGAAAGCAGCAGAAAUUACCUGAUGACGCGAUUUAUCAGUUGUUCUAUCUGGAACAUCUCAUAUAUCCUAGAUAUAAUUUUUAUUUAUUUGGCUGGCAUAGAAUGUUUCAGAAACAAAUGUAAUUCAUAUCUUGAGGUUCA